AUGCUGAAGCAAGCCGAGGGCAACGAGGGACCCUUUGGACCGCCGCCCGAGUAUACGUACUUCAUGCGGACCCCGAUUCAGUAUCCAAACCAGCCUUACAUCGUUCCCUUCCAAGACCCCACCGUCAUUAUCCCAGCAUAUUGCAUCGAGGAACUCAAAAACCUCCCUGACUCCCAGCUCUCCACCAAUGGUAGCAUGUACGACCGCUUCGCGAUCCGCUGGACAGGCAGCGGAUGGGUAGACAAAGAGCUAGCGCACAGCAUCAAAUAUGACCUCCCCACUGAAGUCGAUGACUUUUUCCCCACCAUCCAAGAUGAAAUACAACACGCUAGCAACGAGUCCCUGCCUGAUUCCCAAACCUGGACCUCGCGACCACCACAAGAAGUUCUCGUGAACAUCGUCGGACCCGUGAUUGGUCGUCUGAUGGUUGGCAGUCCGCUGAACAGAGACAAGAAAUGGUUGACGUCGUCUAUCGACCAUGCCAUCGCCGUAGUAGUGUACUCGACGUGGCUCCGCCAAUUUCCCACCGUCCUCAGGCCUUUCAUAGCGCAUAUUUUGCCUCAGAAGAAAGCCGUGCAGAGAUCCAAGAAAGGCAUCGCCGAGUCAAUUGCUCCUCUUGUCCAAAAGCACUUGGGUGACCCUGUGGAAAGCAAAGCUUCUUCGGAAGAGGAAGAGGAGGGCAGACUUACCAAAUGGGUACUCCGACGAUACAAGCCCUCCGAGAACCCUCAUUUCAGCCCUUCACUAGUCGAAAAAGACCACUACUCUCUCUGUUUCGCAGCCAUCCACGGACCAACCUUUCUCCUCGUACAAGCCAUAAUCGAUCUAGCUUCCUACCCUCAAUACGUAGCGCCUCUCCGUGCAGAAAUUGACCGCGAGCUGGCAGCCGCCCCCUUCGAACAAUGGACUCGCAAAACAGUCGCAAGGAUGAAAUUCGUCGACGCCUUCUGUAAAGAGAGCGCACGUAUGAAUCCCCAGGGUGUCAUUGGGUGGUUGCGCAAGACGCACAAGCCCAUCACGUUGUCAACCGGUCACUGCAUUCCUCAAGAUACGCUGAUAGCAGCGACGAAUCCGCGCUACAACGCGCGUGCUACGCCAUGGAUCAAAGAUGCUGACAGAUUCUACCCCGAGCGCUGGCUGGAGGAUCAGGUAGAUGAGGGGCGAGAUGCGAACUGGAGAUUUGGCUCGGCGACCAUUGACUCGCUCAUCUUUGGCUACGGCAGGCAUGCGUGUCCCGGGAGACCUUUCGGAGUGACGAUGGUGAAAGACAUCCUCGCGUACAUUGUCGGCAAGUGGGACGUUAGGCUCAGUGGGGGCUUGACGGAAAGACCGCAGAACGUGUGUAUGGAUUUCGUAGUGAUGCCGCCCAUCGCUCCCAUGGGCAAUGUGGAAGUCGAAUUCAGGUUGAGAAAGUAG